AUCCCAGCGGUCUCGGUCCCGACCGGCCUCGGAGGUGAUUGCUGGGUCGAACAAUGAGGGGAUGAUCACGUGAUCCGUCUGGCUCUGGCUCUGUCCAAGCUCCGCCUCAGAAUCCUGCUCGCUGACCCGCCAAAGCCGAGAUCUCGCCCCGGCCACAGCCGCAUUCACCGAGACUUGAUCCGACCGACCGAAGCGCAAAAUGUCAAAGCAAGGCUGGGAAGAGUCCGAGUUUCCGAUUCUGUGCCACACAUGUCUUGGCGAUAAUCCGUACGUUCGAAUGUCCAAGCAGCAGCAUGGAAAAGAGUGCAAGAUCUGCUCCCGGCCUUUCACCGUCUUUCGGUGGUGUCCGGGAGCCGGCAUGCGCUACAAGAAGACGGAGAUCUGCCAGACAUGUGCCAAGAUUAAAAACGUAUGUCAAACCUGUGUUCUGGACCUCGAGUUUGGCUUGCCAACGCAGGUUCGAGACUCCAUCAUGGAUGUCGAAGACAAUAUCCCGCGCUCGGACGUCAACCGCGAGUUUUUCGUCCAGUCUGUGGAGGACAAGCUCGGCAACAGCUCCCUGGUGGACUAUGGCAAGGCCAAUUCGGCGGCCAGAGAAACCCUCAAGAAGAUGGCCCGGACCGAUCCUUACUACAAGCGCAAUCGCGCACACAUCUGCUCGUUCUUUGUGAAGGGCAAGUGCACAAGAGGCGACGAGUGUCCUUAUCGCCACGAGAUGCCUGUCGAGAAUGAGCUCUCCCACCAAAACAUCAAGGAUCGAUACUAUGGACAGAAUGAUCCUGUUGCAAAGAAAAUAUUAAAUCGCACCGACAAAGGCGCCAAGCUGCGGCCUCCAGAAGAUCCCACCAUCACCAAUCUGUACUUGACAGGGAUUACAGAGGACAUCACCGACACUGAUUUGCGAAACCACUUUUAUGCCUUUGGCGAGAUCAAGUCGGUCGUCGUGGUCAAGAAAUCAAAGUGCGCCUUUGUCAACUACGCUACUCGCGCAUCGGCGGAACUGGCCAUCGACCGAUCCUACAACAAUCUCUCGAUCAAGGGACACACUAUUCGAGUGCAGUGGGGGCGUCCCAAGGCGCAUGCGCCCCAGUCAGAGGCUCGGGGUGAGGCAGCGCAGCCCCAAAUGACCGUCGAUCAGCUCCUGGACAUGGGAGGACCGCCCCCGCCUCCUGGCCAGGGAUCUGGAAGCUACAAGUACCCAUCGGCCGAUCCCUCGUUGCUGGGAACGUCGACUCGAACCUUCCGUGCCUGAGAGGAACCCGCAUGAUCGACGCGGCAGCAGCGACUCUGUCAAAGUGGGGGGAGUGAGAGGUUUUAUUGGGGCAUUCUGCUUUCGGGUGCUGCAUGUCGCUCUUUCUGGAUGUGAAUACACACUCGUCCAUCGCUCAUAA